CAACAUUUGAAUUUCAAACGGCCUUCUCUCUCAACAUUCAAAAAACGAUACCUUAUCGUCUUCCUCUGUCUCUCACACUCAACGUUUACUCUCUCUCUCUCUCUCUCUCUAGAUCUAGAAAUCUCCAGUUUCUCUAUCUCUGUGUGAAAACGAUGAAGUCCACGGCGAAGAUCGGAGAGAAUCGGUUCUUAGGAAACAUUUCGACUUCUUCUAUCCGAAACCUGCUUCCCAGAUCCAUCUCCGCGAAGCAGAAAUCAAUCCAAAAUCCACAGACCAAGAGCUUCAGAUCCAACGACGAGAACGCGCCUCCUUGCGACCCAAACAUACAGGCUGCUCAUAACGAUCUCCACUUGAAGAAAAAAUCGCCGCAGAAAGUCUUCCCCUCCGCCGCAACCCAGAUUCUCCCCGAAGAACAAACUCAGAAAUUAGGGCCAAACACUCGCUCUGAAGACAAAGAGGAUAUUGGUUCAAUUUCUCCACCGAAGUUUGAAGCCAGGAUUGUACUAGCCACAAGAUCUAACUCGAUGGAUAAUGAGAUUACAGAGGAAGAUGACCAAUUGGGUGACCAGAUUCGUGAACUAAAGGAGGAACUAAUAAGAACCAAGUCUGAUGGGUACAAACCUGACGGAAGCAAGAGUGGUUACUUUGCGAGGGAGAGCUUGAGUCAAUUGAGAAGGAGCAUCAACAAGUCUUUAGUCAUGCCGUGUGAAUACAAACAAGAUUUCGAGAAGGAAGCAAUGGAUGAUGAUGUAAUGGAACUGAAUAAACACAUUGAGAAGUUUCACACGUAUUCUGAUGCUGAUGACUUGAGGGACUCCGUGCAAUCCUCUUUCGCAAGCGCUUCGUGUUGUGAAGCAGAAGAGUCAAUGAGUGGAGAUGAGAUCUGCUCAGAAGAUGUGGAGAUGCACAAGCAUCGGAUGCACAAAGGUUGUGUUUUGGCUGCUUCUGUUCCAAGCACUGUGGGGAAUGGGAUUUCAAUCAGUUUACCUCACCAGACUCGUAUUCUCGAGGAGCCAACUUUGUCAGAGUCUCCAAAGAUUAGGAAUUUUCGGAAGAGCGUGGCUGCGUCGACAAAGUUUCAGGCAAGUCCUAGGAAUGUAACCGAGAGCUCCAACAUAGGAAAGGAACAAUUUGGCCCUUCUGUGUCCAAGAAGCUCCUGAGUCCUACAGAUUCUCUUGCUGCAAGUCUCCAUAGAGGACUACAGAUUAUAGACAGUCACCAACGGAGCUCGUUGUCAAACAGAUCUUCUGUUUCUUUCUCGUUUGGGCAUCUGUCUCUGAAGCCUGGCGAUGAAGCCGAGAGUCUUUGUGCUUCGGUUAAAUCGUUAGAGGACGAUAGACCAAAAGUAGGUGGAUCAUCGAUUCUCCUCUGUCUUUCUUGCAGACAAAAACUUGACCAAGAAGCUGAAGGAGGAUAUAAGGCAACAGAAGAAGCUUGCACGGACGAGAAUCAUCUCAAGAACAUGUGUGUGGAGCAGGCUACCAAAAUUGAGAAGCUAACUUGUCUGUUAGACCAAUACAGAAAGAACACUGUGCAAGAGCCAAGCAAGGUGAUGAAAUCCGAUGAUGGAGGAGAUGACACAGAAGUUGUAAAGGAUGCAUAUGAGACAAACCAACUUAGUGAAGAAUUUGGGAAGACAAGGAUUGAUCUCAGUGAAAAGGAGGCUCUUUUAAAGGAGAUCGCAGAGCUUAAGAGCAAGCUGAAGCCAUCAAAAUCAACAGAUAAUCUGAGAUCCUCUUUGCUCUUACGGUCUUUUCAAAUGAGGAAAAGCACCGAUUUUACCAAGAACGCUGAGAACAACAGUGAUGUUCUAGAGGAAGAACGUGAGAGGUGGACAGAAAUGGAGAGUGAAUGGAUAUCUUUGACAGAUGAACUAAGAAUGGAUCUUGAUAGCCACCGUAGACGCGCAGAGGAUCUGGAGAUAGAGCUCAAAAACGAGAAAAUGGCGACAGAGGAGAUAAAUGACGCUCUUAGUCGAGCUAUGCUUGGUCACAGUAGAUUCAUCGAGCAGUACACAGAACUGCAGGAGAAGUACGAUGAAUUAGCCGAGAGGCAUCAUGUGACGAUGGCAGGAAUAGUCGAUGUGAAGAAAGCAGCGGCUAAAGCUGCUGUGAAAGGUCGACACGGGAAGCGUUUUGCAAAAGCGUUUUCAGCUGAGCUUACUGCCAUUAGAGCUGAGAAGGAAAAAGAAAGAGAGUUCUUGAAAACGGAGAACAGGGGCCUUAAAAUUCAGCUGCGAGAUACCGCUGAAGCUGUCCAAGCUGCUGGAGAAUUACUUAUCAGACUCCGAGAAGCUGAGCAAUAUGUACAAUCCACUGAGGAACGUUUCAGCUUAAUGGAAGAAGAGAAUGUGAAGUUGAAGAAUCAAAUGGAGAAGUUAAAGAGUAAGCACAAAACAGAAAUGAGCACAAUGAAGCAAUAUCUUGCAGAAAGCAAAUUACCAGGGUGUGCAUUAGAGCCAUGGUUCAAGGAGAACGAGGAACAUCUGUCAGAGCACAGAACCGGUUUGGUCAAGGAGAAUGAGGAAGAUGAACACAGAACCGGUUUGGUCAGCUAUGACGAUUAUGCAGACGAUCAGGCAUGGAGAGCAGAGUUUGGAGCCAUCUAUCAAAACCAUGAGUUUUGAUGAUAGAAGAUCAUUUCAUUUCAAGAACCAAAUGUAUUAAGUAACAGUCCUUUUUUGUUUCAGACAAGACCCAUCUUGGGUUAUCGCAAAACCAUGAGUAUUGAUGAGUGAUGAUGAUUUGAUAAUUUCAUUUCAAGAACAAAAGGUUUGUGAAAUCAGUCCCUUUUGUUUCAGACAA